AUUCUCUGUAAGUUAUUCCCUACGUUUCUUCCGUUUUGCUUUUCCAGAUUUGCAGAUUACACAUCUCUUUUUGUUUUCUCCUAUAUUUCAUGUGUGAAACUCUCUUGGGAUGGAGAGUAAUUAUUCUGCUCUGCGAACCAACUCAUUUGUAGAAUUGCAAAUACAUAAUGAUAAGAAUGAGGAUGGUGUUUCUCUUGUGUCCCAAAACCCCAGAUCUUCUGAGAAACCCCAUGUAAAAUUGCUGCCUCUUGAUGAAUCAAACAAUGUAAAUGAUGUUGAUGAUGAUUUUGAUUUUGAUAUUGAUAAUUAUCCGCUUAUGGACGGCGGUGUGAGGAGCAAUAAGGGAUCUGGGAUUAGUGGUGCAGUUUUUAAUCUUACCACAUCAAUCAUUGGGGCUGGUAUCAUGGCCCUGCCUGCCACAAUGAAGGUUCUUGGGGUGGUUUUAGGGUUUGUGUUGAUAGUUUUGAUGGGUAUUUUGUCAGAGAUUAGUGUUGAAUUAUUAUUGCGAUUUUCGGUUCUUAAUAAGGCAUCUUCGUAUGGGGAGGUUGUUCAAUGUGCAUUAGGGAGAUCUGCAAGGAUUUUGUCUGAAAUUUGCAUUAUUGUAAACAAUGCCGGUGUUUUGGUGGUUUACUUGAUAAUUAUCGGAGAUGUUUUAUCAGGGUCUGCUCAUCAUGUUGGGGUUUUUGAUCAAUGGUUAGGGAAUGGGGCAUGGGAUCAAAGGAAGCUUGUGAUAUUUGUUAUUUUGGUCAUUUUUCUUGCACCCCUUUGUUUUUUAGAAAAGAUUGAUUCAUUGAGCUUGACUUCUGCCACUUCAGUUGCUCUUGCGGUUGUGUUUGUCUUUGUUGCUUGUGUUGUUGCAUUUAUUAAGCUUGUUGAAGGGCAAAUUGAGUCUCCAAGGAUGGCUCCUGAUUUUGGGUCUAAGGCAGCAAUUCUGGAUUUGCUUGUGGUGAUCCCAAUUAUGACAAAUGCUUAUGUUUGUCACUUUAAUGUUCAGCCUAUCUAUAAUGAGCUUGAAGGACCCUCUCCUCAGAAGAUGAACCGGGUAGGUAGGAUCACAACUGUUCUUUGCAUUGUGGUUUAUGCUUUGACAGCCAUAUCGGGUUAUCUACUCUUUGGAAAGGACACUGAAUCUGAUGUGCUGACUAAUUUUGAUAAGAACCUGGGAAUUCGCUUCAGCUCAGCCCUGAACUAUAUUGUUCGAGUUGGAUAUGUUUUACAUCUGGUUCUUGUUUUCCCUGUUGUCCAUUUCUCUUUAAGGCAGACAGUGGAUGCCCUGAUGUUUGAGGCAUCAGCUCCACUCUCGGAGAGUAGGAAGAGAUCUUUGGCCUUAACGGUUGUGUUGUUAAUGCUUAUUUAUUUUGGAUCUACUAUGAUUCCAAAUAUUUGGACUGCUUUCAAGUUUACAGGGGCAACAACUGCAGUGUCAUUGGGUUUUAUAUUCCCAGCUCUGAUUGCAUUGAAGUUAGGUGGCAAAGGGGUGGGUUUAAGCCUUGGGGAGAAGUUCUUGUCCUGGUUGAUGUUGAUAUUGGCUACAAUAGUUUCUGUUGUUGGAGUGAUUGGCAAUAUUUAUAGCCUCAAAAGCAAAUCCGAAUGAUCCUAUUCUUUCCAAUCUUGGAAUUUUUUCACUGGGGUAGUAUUUGAUGUGGAAAAUUCUGGAGCUUAGUUGGUCUUUUGUUGCUCUUGUACUGAUACCACUCAAAAGAAAAUAUAAGAAGAUUGGAUGUCGGAUAUACCUUUGACUGGGAAGGUUUUGAAUUUUGAAUUGUGAUAUUUUUUUCCGAAAUUGCAAAUAAAGGCUCAGGGUGGACAAAGAUCCCAAGGAAUCUGCUAUUCAAUGGUAUCACUGGUUUAUAAUCUCCAAAGCAACUAUGAGUUGAUACAAAAUUACAAAGGGAACAUACAUCAGAGGCACUGACACCUCAAGUGUAAGCUAUUUUUUGUGAAAUUAUGGGUUAGCAUAGGACCUGGCUUUUCUUGUUCACUUGCAACAUUUUUCUUUUUUCCCACAACAGGGGCCUCUGUAACUUAGUAGUAGAAACAUGCCGCUGUUAAAUACACUUCUUUUUCUAUAUAUCUGUUACCUUAAUUCUCUAGAUUCAGUUUCUUGAAUGUAGUUUUUGUUUGCCCUGUGUUCUAGCUUGUGAUUAUCAACUCAUGGUUAAUGAGCUUUACAUUGUUGGACAUUGAUUCAA